AAAUCUAACCUUGUUGUGGGUCACAUCCCGUAGCCACCUCCUCUUCGGAAGACGACGACGACGAGAAUUUCAUGUCUCUGAGGUACCAUCUUACUUUUUUCGACGUUGACCGAGGACAUUCAUUCUUUUUUUCAUGAUUCGCCAUCAUCUACACGAAGGAUCAACUUUACCGACAAUCGUAUCAUUUGCGGUGCAGUCAAAACUGCACUUGACAUUUGUCACCCGCUGACUGCGCUCGGAUCAGGUUAUUAACUACGUGAGGAUAUUAAUCACCGCAUCAUUUUAUACACGUUUUUACGGAUGUGUAAGGUGCCUUUAACACGAUGUCGCAUGAAAAACCCUGUCGCGUGUGCACAGACUUCAAAACGUGGGCAAAGAUUCAAAAGAAGACGUUUGAAUCUGAGAAGGAAUCUGAGAAAAAGCAAGAGAAAAAUCAAUCUGUAAAUAAUAAAAUUAAACGUGAUGAUUGUCCUUUAGAUAAGGAUGAAUUAGGCUCUAAAACAUGGGCAAUGUUACAUACCAUGGCAGCAUAUUAUCCUGAUCAUCCAAGUGAUGCACAAAAGUCAUAUAUGAAGCAGUUCUUUUAUUCAUUUUCUCAGUUUUAUCCUUGUUAUGUAUGUGCAGAAGAUUUACGAGAACAGUUAAAACAGUCUCCACCACAAACUGACUCACAAAAAACAUUGAGUAGUUGGCUUUGUGACAUACAUAAUGAGGUAAACAAGAAAAUUGGAAAACCAAAAUUCGAUUGUACUCUUAUUAAUCAAAGAUGGAGAGAUGGUUGGCUUGAUGGGUCUUGUGACUGAUAAUGAUUUAUGAUCUCUCAUGAUUUUAAAUGUUUAAAAGUGACCUAUAUGUGAUAUAAAAUAUUACGUAAGUUAAUUGUUACAUCUACUCCUCUGAUAAGAGAAGUAAUUCUAUAUACAAGUAAAAAUUCAUAUUUAUGUUUUCAAAGUAUAACAAAAAUAUUAAUAAAAAUAGAAUUAUUAUGUAAUCAUAGCUACAUUAAUCGUCACCUAUUUUAGAGUGUAGUCACUGAUAGGGAAUAGGUGGUGGUAAAUGUGAAAUAGUAAAUGCGGCAUUCGUUGUUCUAAGACGAGGUUCAUAACUGUGGUCUUGUCCAUCACCACCAAUUGGCAUUACUUGACAUGUUCUAAUAUGAAAUGGAAACCGUUUGUUAGCCAUAGAUGGCCGAGUGAUGAACAAAAAUACUACAUGUCCCACAAAGACAAUCCAUAGUGAACAUCCUUUUGCUACACUUUCUCUUAUCCAAUCAUCUACCAAUAAAGUAAUGCAGAGUACCUAUGAAAUAAUAAUUACAUUGCAGAGGAAUUAAAAAACUAUUUACAACGACUUUGUGUAAACUGUGUUGAAUAUAUACCGUUAGCGGAUGACAUAAAAACCACGCUGAUCCCAAGGAAAAUAAUGAACCAUAAAAAUGAAGUUUUGUUUGCAUUUUUUUGAUUGUCUUCAUGCAACGAAGAGAAAAGACAAUCCAUGCAAUUAGCUUUAAAGCUAUUAACAUAUAUCCUGGUGGUGAUUCAUAAAUGUACAAUACCAAUCCAGGAUCAAAUACAUCGGACUGAUAAAUGUAUAACGAAAACUGAAAGAAAGAAGUAAAACACACAAAGCAUAUAAUCCAUCGAA